AUCUGUUUUUUUUUAACCGAAAACUAAGGCACAGAGACGCUCAAUAGUUUACCGAAGAUGAUCUCAAAAGCCGAGCCCUGGUGGCUUGGAGCUCACGUAACCUGGUCCCCAAACCGAUGAUCUGAUAAUACAGACACAUGUAGUUUUCCCAUGAAACACAAGUCCCUGGGACGUUCCUGAUCCCCGAUAUUGCCUCAUCCACCGGGUCCCGUGACUGUCUGUGUUCCGCGGGGCUGGACCUCGGAGGCGAGUGAAGCUGAGCUGGCUGUUCCAGAAUGAACCAUAGCGCUGAGAAGGGGAAGUAGACCCCGCUGGUUCUCUGCUAUGGCCUGUGAGCCGCAGAUGGGCCCUGGCGGGGCCGCCGGCCCCUUGCCCACCUCCUCUCCUGGCUGGAGUGCCCUGCCGGUGGGGAGCCCUCCUGGCUGGGGGCAAGAUCUCCGCAAUGGCCAGGUCCUUACGGUUCUCCGGAUCGACAAUACCUGUGCACCCAUCUCCUUUGAUCUGGGAGCCGCAGAACAGCAGCUGCAAACCUGGGGCAUUCAGGUGAGGGCUGAUUUGAUUACAUCCUUACUGUUUUUCCUUCCAUCCAUCCAUCCAUCUAUCCAUCGAUCCUUUCAUGACGUGCAUUUUGGAUACCCACUCUGCCAGGCCCGUAGCUGGGCACUAAACACGGGAGAGGUUUUCUAUGUGGUGGUGUGGGCCAACAUCUACUCCACCAGCCAGAUGUUUGCCCUGGGGAACCACUGGGCGGGCGUGCUGCUCGUGACCCUGGCUGCGCUGAGCCUGACGCUGACUCUCAUGCUCAUCUUCGAGAGACACCAGAGGAAGGAGGUGGCAGAAGUGUGUCCCCUUGAGUGGAGCUGCCUCUCUAGAGGAUUGGCAUUCCUGACCUUGCUCUUGCCCCACUUCCCGCAGGUUUUCUAUGUGGUGGUGUGGGCCAACAUCUACUCCACCAGCCAGAUGUUUGCCCUGGGGAACCACUGGGCGGGCGUGCUGCUGGUGACCCUGGCCGCGCUGAGCCUGACGCUGACUCUCAUGCUCAUCUUUGAGAGACACCAGAGGAAGGCCAACACCAACACAGACCUCAGGCUGGCGGCUGCCAACGGAGCCCUGCUGCAACACCGGGUGCUGCUGGGCGUGACGGACACGGUGGAGGGCUGCCAGAGCGUGAUUCAGCUCUGGUUUGUCUACUUUGACCUGGAGAACUGUGUGCAGUUUUUGUCUGAACAUGUUCGAGAAAUGAAGACUAGCCAAGAGUCCUUGCUGAGACGCAGGUUGAGCCAGCUCUGCGUUGUCAUGGAGACUGGGGUGAGCCCCACGACGAUGGCGGAGGGGCCUGAGAACCUGCUGGAGGAAGCUCCCCUCCUGCCCAGCAGUUCCCGUCCCACAGAGUGGCCACUCAUGCAGUCUGAGCUUCACCAGCUCGUUCCGGAGGCUGAGCCGGAGGAAAUGGCCCAGCAGCUUCUGGCAGUGUUUGGCGGGUACUACAUCCGGCUCCUGGUGACCUCCCAGCUCCCCCAGGCAGUGGGGACACGACACACAGACUCUCCAAGGGUUCCGUGCCCCUGCCAACUCAUAGAAGCCCACAUCCUGGGCACGGGGUGCUGCCCGUUCCUGGCCAGGUGACCUAGGCACAAAGGUACUCAUCCUCCUCCAGGACUGAAGGCGAGAAGUCAGGGAGGCCUCAGGAGCCCAAGGUGGCCCAUGGUGAGCCCUAGGCGAGGAGAGAAGCAUCUGGGGACACUCUGAAGGGUGUGUCACAUCAGCAAUGGGGUGUCGUGCUCACUCCAGGACCCUGCACAGAAGUGACUGUUGACAUCCCCUGGUGACUCCAGGCCUUUUCAGCUGCUCCCACCUGCAAGCUACUCUCCGGGAUGCUUGGAACUGUGGGCCUGGAGGGAAGGGUCGCUCUGCCAUCCCGUUCACUGUCUGAACAGCCCAGCAAAUGUGAAGACGACCAUCAACAUUUGGUCUCUGAUGAUGCCCCCAUCUCCACCCUCUCACGUCAGAUGGGGAAACAGAGGCCCUGGGAGGAUGCUGCUCUGUGUGGCCCUGCCUCGGGCCUCUAGGAUGACAAGGCUGCCUCUUCCCAAUCUGAAAAAAAGAAGUCGAUUCUUUGAAUGUUCUCCUUCUUUAAGUUUUCUCCUGUAUUUAAGGAAAAACAGUGGUACCUCUGCUUGUUGUCUGCCAGUACACAGGCUACCAGGAGACAGAGGAAACAAAGAAACAGCACGUAACUGCUAGUGGGGCUAUUUGGAGAAGUCCCGUUUUGAGGACUUAUUUCGCUCAAAGGCCUGUGUGCUUGUGGCUGUGGUUUUAUGCUGCAGGUGGAGAGCAACGCCCGGUUUCCUGGCCCUGGCCCUGUCCUGGAGGAAGCAUCCACUGUCACUCGUGGGUCCCAUGAAGAGCUGAGCCUUCAUUUGCAGUUUGGCCUCACCUCCCACGAAGUAAAAAGUUUCAUAAGUUGAAACGUUUUGCUGGACUGACAUACCUAUGCCAUAGUAGCUGUUGGCUCCUAUGCAUGCUUCAAAGCCCCGCCUUUCUUACCCCACUUUUAGGAAGCUUUCCAACACAGCCAUGCCUGCUACUGUUUGCCUCCUUUUAAAUUCUUGAUGUAGCUGCUGCCUUUACUGAUGUUUUAUUUUAUUGAUUCUAUUUUCCUGUGCACAUGCAUAUUUUCCUAGCUAGACUAUAAGUUCCUCAAGGAAAAAUACCACACUUGAUCUUUUGUGAAUGGCCUGGUCCUGCUAAGGGGUAAUUGCUUUGUCAUCUCCAUAGUAGCUUUUGCAAGUAGUUUUUUGUGAGAUGAAAUGAUGCGGUUGGUACAGACCUGGGUUCUGGUCCUGAACUGCCACUUCUAGCUGUGUAACUUUUGGCUGGUCCUCAGUUUACCCAUCUAUGUAAAGGGUAGAUUCCAUAACUCUUAAUGGCCCCUCCAAAGCCAAAGUUCUGGAAAUGUCCUUUUUUUUUUUCUCCAUUAUGGCCCUUUGUCUGUCUGACUUCUUUGCCUUUAUGUACAUGUAGAAAGGUUCUAGAGCAGUGGCCACCAACCUUUCGGACCUCACGGACCACCAGUGGUCCGCGGACCACCGGUUGGCAACCGCUGCUCUAGAGCCCCAUAUGGAUGAGGUGUCCCAGACCCGAUGCACCUUUGGACAGAACACUGGCCUCGCUAGCAGGAGACCUGGAUUCUCAUUCCAGAUCGGCUGCUUCCUAGCGGCGUGACCUUGGCUAGGUCACAACCUCCCCGAGUGUCAUUUCCCUCCUUUAUAGAUGGAUCUGGUGAACAUGAAAUGUAAUAACAUGGGUGACUUGCCGUGCAAGAGAUGAGUCUAACUCUUGCUUUCUCUGGGCCAGAGGAGAGAAAUCGUGUGUAGAGCAGCCCUUGGAAAUGGCUGUGUUAGGCAUUUCUCUUUAGCCAGCUUUUAGGGCAGCUUUGCUCAAUGAGAAUUAUUCAUGAAGGUGAUUAUUACUCUCUUUGUCACCUGCCACAGAGGAAGUGUGGGCUGUGAAUGUGAUCAGUAGAAGCCCGUACUUAUCAUCCAAGCAUAAAAUCCUGGUAAGUAUAAUAACAAUAAAAAUGUGUGGAAAAUGACAAAACAGCAGUUUUCCCAUGUUAGGGCUUAAAGGGUCCUUGCGUGUCCUUCCCUGCCUUUCCUCCGUUUCUAACGGUCUCCCCUGCCGGGUGGGGCGUUCAGCUGUGCCCACGAGGUACAUGCUCAGCUUUCUCAUUGAGGAAAUUCUGUCAUCUCUGUCUUGCCCACUUCACAGGGCUGCUGGGAAGAUCAGGUUCCACAAAUGAACGUGCACCCUAAGUUUGAAGGCCCUGUGUUCAUGGCAGCCUUGGCGAUGGGGAAGGUGGGACAGUGUCUGAAGUGGGUGCUUGGGUUCUAGAGUCACACUGAUUCCAAUCUGAGUUCUCCCCACCCUUAGGUCUCACUCCUCCCGUGUGGAAUGGGGAUAGGAGUACCUACCUGGCAGGUUAUUGUGAAGAUCACAUGACAUAAAAAAAUGUCAAGUGCUUGCAGCUUUGAGUUGCAAGCUUGAGAAAGAGCUCAAUAAAUGGUUGCUAUUUUUCUUAAA